AUGAGCUCUGCCCUGCUGCUGGCCCUCCUGGGCAUCACCCUCACCGCCCCCCGAGUACGGGGCCUGACCUGCCAGUCGGGGACACUGCACGCUGUGAGGAAUGUAUCGGACCUGCCCCUCCAGUGGACAGCUAGCCAGGACCAAUGUGAGGAUGGCUGGGGCUGCCUUGACGUGCUGAUACUCACUAAGAAUGGACCUCUCGUGGACGUGGUGGUCAUCAAGGGCUGCGUCCGAGGCAGAGCCGAUCAUGAGGCCCACAUCACCCAGCACAGGGCAGGUCCUGGCCUGUCCAUCACCUCCUACACCCGGGUAUGCCGGGAGGACCUGUGCAACAGUCUCUCCAACAGCCUCCCUCUCUGGACCCCGAGCCAGCCCACAGUCCUGGGGUCUGUGCGGUGUCCAGUCUGCUUGUCUGCAGAAGACUGUCCGUCUGCAGCAGAGAUGACCUGCCCCGCCGAGAGCUCGCACUGCUACAGUGGGGUCCUCCUUUUCAAAGUUGGGAACCGCCCCAUCCGUCUGAGAGUCCGGGGAUGCAUGUCCCAAGCAGGCUGCAACCUGCUUAACGGGACUCAGGAAAUCGGGCCUAUCAGUGUGCAGGAGACCUGUGACUCUACGGAUUUUCUGACCUGUCAUCGGGGGAACACAUUGCAGAUUUCUCGAAACCUGAUUCAGGAACCUACUGAUUGGUCCACAAGUGGGGAGGAGCCGUGUAAUCCUGGGGAGAUGUGUCAGGAGACACUUCUGCUCAUAGAUGUAGGACUCAGAUCAGUCCUGAUGGGGAGCAAAGGCUGCAUCAAGGCCAGGACACAGGAUUCCCGUGCUAUCUCCAUACACUCGGGGCCCCCCGGAGUGUUUGUCGCCUCCUAUGUCCGGUUCUGCUCCUCCAACUGGUGCAACUCGGCCGCCAGCAGCAGCGUCCUGUUGAACUCCCUCCCUCGUCCAGCUCCCCCUGCCCCAGGAGACCUAGAGUGUCCCACCUGUCUGUCAGUCUUUGGAUCCUGCAAACCUGAGAUUGUGAGAUGUCCUAAGGGCACCAGUCGUUGUUACAAGGGUCACUUUGCUCUCAGGGGAGGUGGGCUGAGCUCCCCAUUGAAUAUCCAGGGCUGCGUGGCCCAACCUUCCUUGUUGAACCGCAUCCGGAAUAUUGGGGUCUUUUCUGUGAUCGAGAACCGUGAUGGUCAGGAUGAUGUGAAUGAGCCUAUACUGCAAGGUGGAGCUGCCCCUGCCCCCUACCUGCCCUAG